GCCGGCUUGGCGCGUGGGCUGAAAUGCGCGUCAUCCUUGCCGGUCCGUAUCAUCCCCGUCAUUUUUUUCUCUCGUUAUCGCCCGCAAUCGCCCUAUCGUCAUCAUCCCUCUUCCUUCCGCAGUCGAACCAGCACUCCCGACGGCUCCAGGUUAAGCCAUUUCCAAGGUUCUUAUACUUUAUCCCCUGACUUCCGUAUUUCAAACCACGAACUACCUUCGCCAUGGGCUGGUUUUGGGCCGACACUUCCUCAGGCACCCCGGUUGUCCCUCAGGCGGAUCCAACGCACAAACACAUAUCUGGGGCCGGCACGCCGCCCGCCGGAUGCCCUAUGCACAAGUCCACCGCCGAUGCCUUCACUGCUCCUGCCCGUGCCGCGAGCCAAGUGCCCCCAGCCUGCCCUGUUCCGCACGGCAACCCCGCCGCAAACGCAGCGCUAUCCGCCUGUCCCGUUCCGCAUGAUAGUCAAGGCGCGUCUUCGGAGCAGCGACAAGAGCCGUCAAUGCUCUCCAAGCUCAACCCACUCAACUACAUGUUUCAGUCCAUCUCUCAAGACCGGGCCCCAGACCAGACUCAUGCGCUGCCGACGAGUCGAGACGAGUCUUCCAUCCCAAGAGGCGCCGGUGAUAGCAACUGGGAGUACCCUUCGCCUCAGCAAAUGUACAAUGCGCUGCUGCGAAAGGGCUACACGGACACGGACGUCACGGCCGUCGAGAGCAUGGUCGCAGUCCAUAACUUUCUGAACGAGGGAGCCUGGGGUGAAAUCGUUGACUGGGAGCGCAGGUUCGGCAGGGGCUUAUACCGGGGUUGGGAAGUCAGCAAACGCGGAGAAGAGAAUGCGCCGAUGGCCUUGAGACGGCUGGAGGCUCAGGAGGGCGGCCAGUCGCAACCGACCCUCGUGAGAUUCCAAGGCAGACCAAAAGACAUGACACCAAAAGCAGCGAUGCUACAGCUUCUGGGGCGGGUAUAUCCAUCCAAAUUUGGCACCGAGCCGCCUUUUGAUCGCCACGAUUGGUUCGUUUCGCGCAAUAUCAACGGCCAGAAGAAGGAGGUUCGCUACGUGAUCGAUUUCUACUCGGCACCUCCGGAACCGACCGGUGAACCAGUCUUCUACCUCGACGUCCGACCCGCCGUAACGCCGACCGGAGCUGCGGAGCGGUUGAUGCGAUGGGGCGGCGAUGUCUGGUGGCGAGCAUCGGGUGGUGAUGUCCGGGAGCAGCCAAACAACCGUAAUCAACAGAAUUAACAACAGAGCUCCCUUGAAUCAUAUGGCGGCGCCGAUGGGGUCCGGUCGACUUGCGGGAUGGGAUGGCGCCAUGGGGAAAUUGGUUACAUAGGGUUUUGGUUUGCUUCUUGUACGUGUUACUAACUCUCUGCUCAUCUGUAUAAUGGUGUCAUUGCUGUUUUAGAUGCUCCUCGUAUCUUGCAAUCCUGGAUCUCAGGUGCUUCGGCCCUCAGUCAAGGGGGCGUAUCGUCGGGACUGUCCAGCAUGAUUGGUUCGAGCUUGGCGCGAUUCGCUACCACAAAAUAAUCAGCUCAUACUUCGCCAAGGAGACAUACACCUCCGCAUACCAACCU